GUGUGGCAUUGCUCCUUUUGAUGAAGCUCGUGAGGUUCUGAGUGAAAUCAAGCCCUUUAGCAAGUGGUACGAGUCUACACUUUCCCCUAAAACAGCAGCUGGUGUGAAGUGUGAGCCAGACAUCUUAGACUUGUGUCACAUAUUGCCAAAAGAGGUAAUAAAUCUUGAAGGCAAAGGUAAAGGAUAUAAUGUGGACUUGGAUGCAGAUGAAGAUGAUUACAAGGCCUUUAAGGAAUGGCUUCAGUGUUAUUAUCAAGAUGGAAUGAACAAUAUGGUAGACCACAAUGGCCGUACUAUGUGGUUUAGUGGAAAGCCUGGAAAAAUGGUGCCAAAAGCUGCAGCCUCAAGAGGUAAAAAGCAGAGUAAGAAAAAUAAAAAAGAUGUUGAUGAAGAAGAUACAGCAAACCAUGGAAGCAGCAGGAAACGUGUUAAGAAGGAGGCUGAAGAUGAGAUAAAGAAGGAAGAUAUGAAACAGCUAAAGCAGGAAUUAAAGGAAGAUAUGAAGAAGCAAGUAAAGAAGGAGAUAAAGAAGGAAGUAAAGGAGAAGGUAAAGAAGGAAGUUAAGGAAGAACAGAAGCAAGGACGUGCCAGAAAAAACAGCAAAAAGAGCGCAAACAUAAAGGAAAAUAAUGCUGUUAAGACCUCCAUAACUAUAAGCAACAAGUUAGCUCAAAAACUUAAAGAGAAUAAACCCAAGAGGGCAAAUAACAGAGAAAAGAAGCCUGUGAAAAAUGCCAGAACACCCAACGUCAAGAACGCCAGAACACCCAAAGUCAAGGUUACAAAGAAAAUUAAAGACGUAGACUCAAUGCCCCGAGAGUCGCCGGUAAGGAGAUCAAAAAGACUCGGUUCUGUCAUUGAGAACUGAACUUUGGAGUGUGUAUAGACUAGUACAAAAUUGAUGUACAAUUAUUUAGUAUUACAGGGAGAAGUUAAAAAGAACACUUUAGUGAAAUUUAAUAAACUCGUCUUUAUUAUGUUUGUUAACAAUAGGAAUCAUUUACAAUGUUAUAAAUAGAUUCAAUAUAUUUAAGUGAUUGGACAAAAUUUAUUUGCUUUAAAGUAUAUUUCAGGAUGAAUGUAGUAGUUUAAAUUUGUAUUAUUUGUCACUAUAGGUGGUAAACCAUUUAAUGCUUGCUCAAAAAACUUAAGAUAUCUUUAGCAAUAGCAUUUUGAAAGACUAGAUUUUUUCACUUUAUUUACGUAAUUAUGAAGUAUUCAUUCCACUUUAACAGGGAAAGUAUUAUAAGAAUACCUCACUUUUUCAUACUGGAUACCUACUCAGGUUUUUCUAUUCAAAUUCUUCAUUUCCAUUUAUGUAUUUCCUGUGUACUUGAAGCAUUUAGCAUUUUAGACCUUUUAUUUAGUAUCAUAGAUAUUUUUAUUAGGUAUCUUAAUUGCUUUUGUAAUCAAAGAAGAGGUUUAUUACAUUAUGAUUUACAAUUUGUCACCUAUUGUUUUGCACCAGUUACUAAGACUGAAAGCAGCCACAGUUGUGCAAUGCAGUUUGUUGGCGAAUGUUGUCUCCUCAUUUCAUUUUCACUGAUUUAUCAUAUUCAAAGUCAUAUAGAUCUGAUGUGCCAUAAAAGUUUCAACUUUAUUUUUUUCUUCUUUCUUUUUUUUACAUUUUAGAUUUUAUAUUUUAUAUUAGUUAACUAAUACUUUAAAAAGUAUAAACUAUGGGUGUGGCAACUUUUAAAGGCAGCUUGACUUCUUUUCUUGUAAAGAAGCAGUAUAAUGUCUUGUUGGUUUAAUGGCUGAAACAGAUUUUAAUGUACUCUGGGUUACCUCAAAGACAUAAGAAUGUAGUUAUUUUUUUAUAUAAGGACUUGAAUAAAUGUCAGUACAAUAUGCCAUAUCCAUUGAAUUAGAUAGAUAUAUUUUACAGAUAAUGGCAUGACCCAUAAAUAUAAUUUCAAAUGUUUUAUACCACUUAUUUUAUAAUAAUAAUAAUAAAUGUUGAUGUUUCAUUAUGUUUUUAGAUUGAUGCAUAAACACAAACAGGAUGGAAAAGACAGCAUUAGAGUUAAUUAAACUGAUUUUAUUUGACUAAAAACAGAAAAAAUUGA